UCUGCUUGGCGGGCGGUGUCCCGACGCAGGUGCUGGCCGGAGCGGAGCUAGCGGCGCUGACGAGACCGGCCGGGCCGGGACCAGGGCCCGGGCAAGCGGAGGGGCCUGCGCGGCCGCCCGGCCCGGCCGCGGAUCAGGCUCCUGGGACCAUGGACCUCGGGCCCUGAGGACGCGGGGCUCCCUGUGGCCAUGACGACGGGUGACUGCUGUCACCUCCCUGGCUCCCUGUGCGACUGCUCCGACAGCCCCGCCUUCUCCAAGGUCGUGGAGGCCACGGGCCUCGGGCCACCCCAGUAUGUGGCACAGGUGACUUCAAGGGACGGCCGGCUCCUCUCAACUGUCAUCCGGGCCUUGGACACACCGAGCGAUGGUCCAUUCUGCAGGAUCUGCCAUGAGGGAGCGAAUGGGGAGAGCUUGCUGUCUCCGUGUGGUUGCACUGGCACACUGGGCGCUGUGCACAAGAGCUGUCUGGAGAGAUGGCUUUCCUCAUCCAACACCAGCUACUGCGAGCUGUGCCACACGGAGUUUGCAGUGGAGAAGAGGCCCCGGCCCCUCACAGAGUGGCUGAAGGACCCAGGGCCUCGGACAGAGAAGAGGACACUGUGCUGCGACAUGGUGUGCUUCCUGUUCAUCACGCCUCUGGCCGCGAUCUCAGGCUGGCUGUGCCUGCGCGGGGCCCAGGACCACCUCAGGCUCCAUAGCCGGCUGGAGGCGGUGGGGCUCAUCGCCCUCACCAUCGCCCUCUUUACAAUCUACGUCCUCUGGACGCUGGUCUCAUUCCGCUACCAUUGCCAGCUGUACUCCGAGUGGAGAAGGACCAACCAGAAAGUGCGCCUGAAGAUCCGGGCCACCGAUGGCCCCGAAGGCACCCAGCACUCCCCUCUGGCAGCUGGGCUCCUGAAGAAGGUGGCAGAGGAGACGCCCGUGUGAAGGCCGGGCUGGCAGGGCCAGAGGCAGCUGGCGAUGCCCUGGCGUUUGGAAGGACAGAAACUGCCCGACCCUUCCCGCACGGCCGGAAUGCUUCUUAGGCCAAGAGAUGCCAAAGUGGAGCUGAUUCCAUGAUUCCCGUGUGAAGCUAUUCUCAGAUCGUCUUGCACACUCUGAUACACGAGGAGGACAGACGGACGUGGUCCCGAGCUUCGGAUGGAGCAGGCACCCUGAUCUCAUUCUGAGGUCUACCUGGCCCCUCCUGGGCCAGCAGCCAUGGCCAGAGGCGAGUCGCGGGCACCCAUCGAACUGGGAGGUUCUGCAAGCUUCUUGCACUUUUCUGCACCUGGCAGGCUCACAUUCCCGGCACCCUCAACUUUAUAAAGUUGCACCGUGUUUCAAAACCCACCCCCCCUACCCCACCCCACCCCCAAUGAAUAAAAGGAGCCCUUGCUGGACAAAACGGACUUGUCAGUCACGUUUCUGAGGCCUCAAAGUGAGGGUGCUGGGACCGAGGGGAGUCAGGACCACACAGAGGUAACAGCAGCAACAACCAAUGCUCUCGGCUGGUUUGAGGGAUCACAGGGCU